CCUGACGUUAGCACGUCCCCAUCGGCGGUAAUUCAGGUACACAGGGCACAAUGUAUUGGAGCUCAACCCGAAGGAAGGUUUUCUUCUACGCAUGCUUUCUGGUCCUUGCUACUUUCAUUGGGAAGUCGACUGCCUCCUUGGGCGACCAUCUUCCCGAUUUUAAAGAAUGUGUUAAGAUCUGUCGAACUGAGAACUGUCAAGAUGGAAAUUCCAUGAUCCCUUUCCAUCUCCGCUUAAUGUGGUGGACCUGUCCCGCCGAAUGCGACUAUACUUGCCAGCAUGUUGUAACGGACCGUCGAGUCGCUCGUGACCCUCCGAUGCUCAACCCAGUAGUCCAGUUCCAUGGAAAAUGGCCUUUCCGCAGGAUCAUGGGUAUGCAGGAGCCGUUCUCAGUCCUUUUCUCCCUCCUCAACUUCUAUGCCCACUGGCACGGCUUAUCUCGAAUCCGCGAAACCCUGUCGACAUGGCAUACUUCUCUACGGACUUACUAUCUUGCUUUUGGAUAUUGCGGCCUGGCAUGCUGGACCUUCAGCAGUAUCUUCCACGCCAGGGACUUUACUUUGACAGAGAAGCUGGAUUAUUUCGGAGCGGGCGCAAAUGUCAUGUAUGGAUUAUACCUGGCGAUUAUCAGGAUAUUUCGAUUAGACAAGGAGGAGCCGCGAACGAAACCGACAUUGCGUCGGCUCUGGACCGUGGUGUGUAUCUUCCUCUAUACUUUGCAUGUUUCCUAUCUCAGCUUCUGGUCCUGGGAUUACACCUAUAAUAUGAUCGCGAAUAUCGUGGUCGGGAUGACCCAGAACUUGUUGUGGGUAGCAUUCAGCAUUUUCAGGUACCGAAGUACCGAGAAAACGUGGACUCUCUUGCCGGCCAUCUGUGUGGUUUGGAUCAUGUUGGCCAUGAGUCUGGAGUUGCUGGAUUUCCCUCCAUGGCAUGCGCUCAUUGAUGCCCAUAGCCUCUGGCACCUGGGAACUGUUAUUCCAACCGCGCUGUGGUAUAUGUACCUAGAAAAGGACAUCGAAGAGGAUGUGCGGGGCAAAAGAUACAAAGCCUGAACAAAUAGAGAAUUCUCGGCUAUAGGUGAAUACUCAUGGCCUGAGAAUAGUACGUCAGUUGCUGUAUAGUAGGUCCAGGUGACCGAGAAUCUAUGAGUGUUAGAUGCUGGUGACAAGAUCUAAGAAGUUCAUAUAUUCUAGCCAUUAAAACCCAUGUAUUUAAGCUAUUUCUAUUUUCUAUUACCCAACGCCUGG